AUGCUGCAAAUCCGAAUUCUGCUCGUGGCCUUGAUCGUCGCACUGUUGGGUUGCAGCGUCGUGGCACAAUCAUUUGACGAGGCCGAGGAGUUCAUCCGGGAAAUGAGGGCGCCCAGCCCGAAAUUCAUCCGCUUCGGCAGGGCCGGCCAGAAGUUCAUCCGGUUCGGGAGGAGCGGGGCAAACACUUGGGAUCACUCAACCCACGAAGAGCUCGACAACCUUGACGGUGGCGUCGAGAAGCGGGCCGGGCAGAAGUUCAUCCGAUUUGGU